AUGUCUCCCUCUAUUCAGCAGCUGCCUCUCCUUGGUCCCCUCGUCGGUCUCAGUACCUGGACAUUCGCAAUGGAAGGCCUGUUAUAUUGGCGCCGGACUCCGGCGCUCUCCAAAUACGGCGUCUCCUUCGACCCAGAGACUGCUAAGAAGCAGAAAGCAGAGAAGCUGCCUGCAUUCGUUCAGUGGCCCGCCGACAACUACAACAACCUUCUCGAGCAACCUACGCAGUUCUACGCCGCUGUAGCAGCCCUCACUCUGUUGAAUGUGAAGGACAAAGUCACAGUGGGCUUGGCUUGGACAUAUGUCGGCCUCAGAGUUAUCCACAGUCUCAUUCACGUAUCAUACAACAACCUGCUUCUGCGCUUCCCCACCUUUGCUGCAAGUUCAGUCGUGCUCCUGGGUAUGACCGUCAAGGCAGCCUUGGAGCUCUGGUAUUAA